UGCGCUUUACAUGACGUACCAACCAGUAUCAACUCGCGUUAUUUCAGCCGGACUGGACCUGCCGGACAUCACCAAGGGAACCAAGCCGGCCGCCAAAGCCCCCGCCCCUACCCCCACUCCCGCCGCUACGCCCAAGCCCGUCGCGCCCAGCAUCCUGAGUGGUAUCAUGGGCUGCGCCAGCUGCGUUAUCCCGGACACCCCUACUUCGCAGAACGGCCCAGCAUCCAGCACUGGAUCUACAGGUAACAACGGCCAGAGCCCAUUCAGCCGACCUCCCUCUGCGUUCGGUGGUCCCGGGUCACCGGCAGCGCCCAGUGGUGCCCUCGGCAGCUCGACGACCCCCGCCGACAAGCCGUCCUACACGCAGGUCGACAACGGGCACUCAAACUUCAAGGUUGGCGGCUUCAGCCCGGACGAGAUGCUGGCCCUGCUGUACCGCUUCAACUACACCCUGGGCUUCCACGGACACCAAGAGGUGGGCGACCGAGCGGGCCACAAGCAGGGCGGCUAUCACUUCAACGGCCGAGACGGCCUGGAGCGUCGCGUCAAAUACACCGCCAACGAGUUUGGGUACCAGCCCAACAUAACGCUGCACGAGCUGCAGGCCGAGGAGACCCCGCGCGCGGACACGGAGAAAAAGCCAGAGUUCGGCCUGAAGGGUUACGAGUUUGUUUGGUUCAACGACAAGAAGAAGGCCGCUAGCUUAGCAGGAUGAGGAACCCUUUUAAUCACUGGACUGUCUUGAAGAACGACUUUGUGUUGUCAGUCAAAUUGUCUCUUAGUUCUUAGUUAUGUACUUGUAUUUUCUUGUAAAUUAUUUAUUUUUAGUUGUAAAUAAAAUAACAAUAAAUGAAAAAUGUUAAA